AUGAAGGCACUCGUGUACGAGGGGAAGAACAAGUAUAGCGUCCUCGAGCGCCCAAAGCCUGCAUUAUCUGAAGAGACGGACGCCAUCGUGAAGGUCUCAAAGACUACCAUCUGCGGGACUGACCUCCACAUCCUCAAGGGCGACGUCCCAUCUAUACCCCAUGGACGUGUCCUCGGGCACGAAGGACUCGGCACAAUCGAGUCGGUGGGUACCGGCGUCAGCGCCUUCGCCCCAGGCGACCGCGUCAUCAUCUCCUGCAUCACCGCUUGCGGGACCUGCCCGUACUGCCGGAAAGGCAUGCCCUCGCACUGCACGACCGGCGGCUGGACGCUCGGAAACACCAUCGACGGCACCCAAGCCGAGUACGUGCGCAUUCCGCACGCAGACGCUUCGCUCUACCGCAUCCCCCGCGGCGUGGACGAAGAUGCGCUCGUCAUGAUCAGCGACAUCCUCCCCACCUCCCUCGAAUGCGGCACGCUGAAUGGCCAGGUAAAGCCUGGCUCGACCGUCGCCGUCGUCGGCGCGGGACCCGUGGGCCUCUCGGCGGUCAUGACCGCGCAGCUGUUCUCUCCGUCAACGCUCAUCAGCAUCGACUUGGACAAGAACCGGCUCGAGGUCGCGAAGAAGCUUGGCGCGACGCAUACGGUGGUGUCGGGCCCGGACGCGGUUCAGGAGGUGAUGGAGAUCACCGGCGGGAUGGGCGUCGAUACUGCGAUCGAGGCGGUGGGAAUGAAGCCGACGUUCGAGCUGUGCGAGGAGAUCAUCGGCGUCGGCGGCCAUAUUGCGAACAUCGGUGUGCACGGAGGCGUCGUUGACCUGCACAUGGAGAAAUUGUGGGAUCGCAACAUUGGCAUCACAACGCGCUUGGUUGACGCGGUGACGUCGCCGAUGCUCAUCCGGCUGCUCGAGGGCGGUAAGCUGAACGCGGGCGCGCUCAUCACGCACAGAUACAAGUUCAGCGAGAUGGAGCAGGCCUACGAUGCCUUCGCCGCUGCGUCCCAGAACAAGGCGUUGAAGGUGAUCAUCAACAUUGAUUGA